AUGGGUGUUUUGCUAAACAGAAACGGUGACUUUCCUCUUGGGGUCAACAUUUCAUCUGGAACUCCUACACCACUUGUAGCCAACCACUCUCUGAAGCACAGUGAACUGGUGCAGUCCUAUUCAGAGGGCACCCAGGGGGAUGGCAGCUCUCCGGGUCCAGCAGUUUCCUUAGUGCUUCCCAUCAUCUAUGCCUUCAUCUGUGCCUCGGGUGUGCUGGCCAAUGGGCUGGUGAUCUCAGUGGUCCUGGGCUGCAAACGGAAGGUUGUAUCGGACAUCUACAUUCUGAACUUGGCCUUGGCUGAUCUGCUCUUCCUGCUUGGCAUGCCUCUCAUCAUCCACCAGCUUCUCCAGGAGCAAGGCUGGGUAUUUGGGGACUUCCUGUGUUGGGCUGCAACUACUAUUGAUCUCAAUAACCAGUUCAGCAGUGUGGCUAUCAUCACUCUGCUCUGCAUAGACAGAUACGUAGCUGUGGUGUACUCAUCUACCAUUGCCCAGAGGCGGAACUUGCGUUGCACAGCGAUGAUCAAUGUUGGCAUAUGGGUUGGAAGCUUGAUCCUGGCUACUCCCGCUAUGCUGUACACCCGGAUAUUUUGGGACAACAAGACGGAGAUCUGCCUUAUAGACUUGCCAGGCCCCCAUAGCGUAUACUGGUACACUCUCUAUCAAUCCUUCAUAGCAUUCCUCCUGCCUUUGCUGGUCAUUACAGUGUUGUAUUCUUUGACUCUGCAACAUCUAUUCCGUGCAAUGCGCCGUGUGCAUCGGAAGGCAUCCGCCCGCAGCCAGAAGGUGACUCGCAUGGCGCUCACAAUCAUUGCGGCCUUCUUCAUUUGCUGGACACCCUAUCAUGUGCUGCAGCUGGUUAAUCUGACAGCCGCUCCUUCAGCAACCUUCUUCUACUUGUACCAAGCUACUAUUUGUCUCAGCUAUGCCCACAGUUGCAUCAGUCCCAUUCUUGUGAUUUUCUGCACUGAGUUUUUCCAGGAGAAGAUGGCCCAGUCCAGGUGGGGACAAAGAACUGGAGGUGUCCUGGUGGGAGAGCACAGCUCACUAGAUGGUCUCCGGGUCAUGAUAGAAGGGCUAAUCUUCCCUCCAGUAAUGAGGGAUUGCAGCUAUCAUAAUAUUCCUCCCCAGAUCAUCCCUUCCUAUACUGGUACUGCAAGUGUCUCACCAGGUGGACAACAAUACGGGAACAUCUUUCUUUUUCUACUGCAGAAAUCUCAGCUACCAUGUAUAGUCCACAAGUAA